CCGCCUGCUCCAACAUGCCCUCAGUGCGCCUGCCGCCGCGCCCCGGGCGCUAGACCGCGCGGCCGCCAUGGGGAAUGGGAUGAACAAGAUCCUGCCUGGCCUGUAUAUCGGCAACUUCAAAGAUGCCAGAGAUGCAGAGCAAUUGAGCAAGAACAAGGUGACACACAUUCUAUCUGUGCACGACAGUGCCAGGCCAACAUUGGAGGGGGUUAAAUACCUGUGCAUUCCAGCAGCGGAUUCACCAUAUCAAAACCUGACAAGACAUUUCAAAGAAAGUAUUAAAUUCAUCCACGAGUGCAGUCUGCAAGGUGAGGGCUGCCUUGUUCACUGCCUGGCUGGCGUCUCCAGGAGCGUGACUCUGGUGGUUGCAUACAUCAUGACGGUCACCGACUUCGGCUGGGAAGAUGUGCGCACUGUGCGUGCGGGGAGGUCCUGUGCAAACCCCAACCUGGGCUUCCAGAGGCAGCUCCAGGAGUUUGACGAGCACCAGGUCCAUCAGUUCCGCCAGUGGCUGAAGGAGGAGUACGGAGAGAGCCCUUUGCGGGAUGCGGAAGAAGCCAGAGGCAUUCUGGCCACCCCAGGGAUUCUGAAGUACUGGGCCUCUCUCAGAAGACUGUAAUGUACCUGAAAUAUUGCAAAGCCAGAGUUUAGGUGCUGCCCAGAAGAAAAGCAGCCAGAGUUCAUUUUUCAGUGUCCAGAAGUAAUUUGUGAACUCGCCUGCUUUCAUUUUAAACAAUACAUAUGCAAUUGUGUCAUCAAAAAAAAAUAAAGAAAGAAAAAGAGAAAACUGGG